CAACCAGGCUGCAGGAAAUGUGCUCCAACUUUAACACCAUUUAAAAGCAGCUAACAAUGAGGUUAGUGUUGGUAUGUGGGUGUGUGUUUUUAAAGUUGCAGCACAUUAUGUACGUAUAUACACCUUUCAUGUUCUCUGCUCUUUAAUGGAGAACAUUGUCUUCACCACAGACUCGUGUCAUUGACCUGCAGGGCUGUUUUUUAAACUUUUUGACUGGGGCGGCACAAGUGGGGCGCUGACUUAUGCAGGGGAGUUUAUGGACCCCAGUAUGCUGAAAUAUAAAAAAAAAUACCAGGCGAAAAUAACACAUUUACAUCAACAGCAAAAAAAUACAUGUUUUUUUCCCAAAACUUUGAAAAUGGCCAUUUCAAUUGUUCCAUUUUCAAGAUCUUGCCUAACUUUGGAGUGUUAUUUAGCCCCCUUACUGACUUGCUAGCAUGAUAUGAUAUAUGGUGGUACCAAUGCAUGCAUUAUGUCAUCUAGUUUCAUAUGAUAUGACCUGUAUAAAUGUGAGAAAAACCUGAAAAAAGGAAUUAUUUUGUUUUUGUUACUUUAGAAUUAGCCGUUUUUAUCCACAGGGGGAGCAGAUCCUCUGCUACAGAGUGCAUUUAAACAAACAUAUGGCAUAUACUGCAUAGGCCUAUGUAAAUGUAUUUAAUAACUAACAGCUCCCAGUGGGCAGGACAAAGAUAUGAGGUAUAAGGAGAACCCAUUCCACCUGCACCAACAAGCUUCCCCGGUCUCACAGAAGAAGCUCCCUGUGGCUGAAAGAUGAAAAACCUUAUCUUGGCUGCUGUUAUGCUUCAGCUAGUGAUCACACAAAAAGACAUUAGUAAGGAGUACAAAUUUGGAGACAUAAUUUCAUUUGGACACCCUUGUCCCGCCCCCACCCCCAAGACCCUGAGGUUUCCGUACUCGCACUAUGGUAUAUAUGUAGGUCCAAGCACAGGGAUAGACGUCGGCCAAGGUGAUAAUGAUAUAUUUCACAACUCAGGUUUUGAGAAACCAGACUGUGUAUUUGGCAAAUUUAAGUCUCUUAGGGGAAUUGUAGUAACAUCAAAGAAAAACUACCUUGAUGGGAUUGAAGGCUUCAAUCCAGGAACCCAGGAAGACAUAACUGAGCGAAUCUCCAACGCCACUAAACACUGUGAAACUUUUGAAAACAUCUGUGCACACCUUACCACCUAUGUGCGCUAUGGCACGAUGUCACUGCAGCAUGAUGAUCGGACUAAAUGUUUUGAAGCUGGACCAGCUAAAAACAUACUGGACCAAGUAACCCUUAGCAGGAUUUACGAAGCCAAUUGUAUAAAACAAGGUAAAAAAAAUGGAAAAAGAGAACAGCAAACACAGAAAACAAAACAACAAACAAAGGCAAAAAAAAAAACCAAAUAAACAAAAAAAGGUUCACAGCUAACAAGUAUUUUAGCAGCUGGUCUCUACAGCCUGUCUUGCUCUCUGUUCUUUCCUCAUGACAUGAGGUCUUAUUUGAAAUAAUAAAAAAAUGA